UGUCUCCAGGGGCGGACUGACCAUUUGGAAACUCGGGCACUGCCCAUGGGCCCGGGGUCAGUAGGGGGCCCCAUGAGAUGCCCCUGGUACCUUUUUCAUAGGCUUUUUUUGAGUUUGGGCAAGGACACAGGGGCCCCACGAUCCCCAAUUGCCCAGGGGCCCCAUGAGUUGUUAGUCCGCCCCUGGCUUUAACAAAAAAUGCAGCAUGUUCUACUUUUUUAUAAUUUCUGAACUGCAACACACUGGAACAGCCUGCACUGGUGUGAACUAUUCCAUUGG